AGAUUAUUAUUAUCCCAAUUUUAAUCUUUAUAUUUUAUACUACUAUAAUCUUUACUAGCAUAAAGAUUGUGGUAGACUCCGGCGUUGUUCGUGUGUCAAAGUUGGAGACCGGACGCUUGAACGGUUACGUUUGCACUUUCAACGCUCUUCCUACGACUUCUUCGUUUUUACCGCUUACGGAGAAAGGUGAGAUCGAAAUUAUAAAUCCCUCACGAAUAUUAAGUCUGUUGCCUUCUGACGCCCGGCACCUAUCCGGCUAAUGUGCACUGUCAUGUACUCAGCCUCAGCAGAGCAUAGUACAGUGUAUGUUAAGCUGGUUACGGGAACCGCCAUAGCGUGGUCACUGUCGCACGUUGGGUUAGACUUAACUGAGUCUCGGUCAAAUGGAUGGACGACUCAAAGGCAAUGGCAAACAACAACUAACAACCAUUUCAACCUGCGUUACAUCCUGGAAAACAACAAGUUAUCCGGGACCAACUUUCUUGGCUGGGAGAUGAACCUCCGAAUCGUUCUUAACCGUGAGAGGAAACUCUACAUCCUCGAAACGGAUCCUCCCAAGACCCCUGAUGCUAAUGCUCGUGCGUCCGAACUCACUUCCUUCAAGAAGUAUGAGGACGACGCGUGAGAUGUAAAGUGUAUCAUUAUGGCCAGUAUGACCGCAGAGCUCCAAAGGCUCCACGCGGACAUGGAAGUGCGUCCUAUGAUACAACGCUUAAGAGACCUUUACCAGGGUCUGCCCCAAAAUUCAGGUAUCUACGUUAUCGAAGUCAAUAUGUCUGAUAUCACCUCUUGGGUGAUGGAUACUGGAUGUGGUUCUCACAUCUGUACUUCUAUGCAGAACUUGCAUGAAUGUAGACAAUUGACGGAGGGAGAGAUACAACUAAAAGUCGGCAAUGGUGCACUCGUCUAUGCAUUGGCCGUCGGAACCUAUAGUUUAUCUCUACCUAGUGGUCUAAUAUUGCAUUUGAAUAAUUGUCUGUUUGUACCUAGUAUGAGCAGAAACAUCAUUUCUGUAUCCUGCCUUGACAAAGCAGGAUUUUCAUUCGUUGUAAAAGACAAAACUCUUUCUGUCUUUA